CCCUGUCUGUCAGAGAGAUCAACAGUUGGUGCGAGCGCGCGAUUAAAGGGACUAAAGACUCAGAUUUGGCACGGCUCACUAUUAUGGGUGUGUGAUUUCAGCACCUCAGCUUUAUGGACACCCGACUGAAUUGUUUAGUAAUAUGGAAGACAGACUGUUGCACAUCUUGAUGCAUUGGAUGCAUUUGCGCGUUUAGUAUAGUCAAGAAUGAGCAGUCUAUUCACGGCUUUCGGUGCUUUUGCUGUUAUUCACGCAUUGCUUUUGGUGUAAAAGACGACAGACGGGGACCACAGUCUCAUCCACUCAUCCUUUUUGGAUUUAAGGGCGCAUUUGUUUUUUUAUUUUCUCUUUUGACCUUGCCUGGCGCGCAAAAGCAGCAUGCUAAUGAUGGAGAGCGGCGGCAUAGACGCGCAUCAGGUUGAUCUGGACGCGGACUAUGAGCCUCACUGCCGCCCGAGGUCGUGCACCUGGCCGCUGCCAUGUCCGGAGGAGGAGAACCGAGCGCUGCCCGUGGCGUCCGUGAAAGUGGAGCCGCGUAACGUGCCAGCGUGCCGGAGCGGAGGGGCGCCGACGGAGUUCAAGCAUCCAGCCGGCGCCCCCGCCCCUAUAGCGGCCGCCCCGAUGUGCAUGUCCGGCGCCGCGCUGGAUGUGGCCGGGCAGCUGCGGAAAUCCAAGUCGUCGCGACGGAACGCGUGGGGCAACCAGUCGUACGCGGAUCUGAUCACGCGUGCCAUUGAGAGCACCCCCGAAAAAAGGCUCACCUUAUCCCAAAUCUAUGACUGGAUGGUGCGAUUUGUGCCAUAUUUCAAGGAUAAAGGAGACAGCAAUAGCUCCGCCGGAUGGAAGAACUCUAUCAGACACAACCUCUCCCUUCACACCCGCUUCAUUCGUGUGCAGAAUGAGGGAACAGGAAAAAGUUCUUGGUGGAUGCUUAACCCAGAGGGUGGAAAGAUGGGCAAAGGUCCCCGCCGACGAGCUGUAUCUAUGGAUAAUGGAACCAAGUACCUGAAGAGCAGAGGCCGGGUCAGCCGGAAGAGAGCUGGAGUGGUGGGAAUGGCCCGUGAGCUUGGAGCACCUGGAAUACAGGGAUCACCAGAACAUGGAAGCCCAGCUGGAAAGGGAACAAUGGGAGUGGGGGGUGACGAAUUUGAUGCCUGGACAGACCUGCACUCCAGAACCAGUUCCUCUGCAUCAACGCUCAGUGGAUGUCUGUCACCCAUUCUGGCCGAAACAGAACCUGAUGAACCAGAAGAAGGAGGGUUAUCCUGCUCAGCCUCUCCUCGACUCUACCCUAGCCCUACCAGCACUAGAUCUCCAGCCGUGGGAACAGGGGGACAUUGUCCACCUGUCGAGCUCCCACACCUCGCUGAUCUAACAGGAGCCAUCAGCUUGGAAGAGGGCUACUCCCAGCCCCUGCCACAGAAGCGCAGCGGCUACCACUAUGGACCCAAAGCAGAGUCCUCCUACUGUGGAACAGUCUAUGGCCAGCCAUCCAUGGGCAUGCUUAGGCAUCAUACACCUAUGCAGACCAUCCAGGAAAACAAACCUUCCACCUUCCAGCAUGCCAUCAGGGCAUACUCAGAGAACAAUGCCCUUGAAAGUCUGCUUGCUGGGGGGCCACAAUACUGUGGUAAGGACAUGGCUGUAGGGCAAGGAGGAGCAUCCCAUUCACUUAUGUCACAAUCUAACAGUGCUGUGCAUGCUCACAGCCAGAAUCACAAUCAUAACCACGAGCAAGGCCACAAUCACAAUCCCAGUCAAAGCCUUUCUAACGGCCAUGGAAUGAAUCAUGAGCAAAACCCAAGCCAUCAUCACAAUUCCAAUCAAGCUCAUAAUAAGCAUCAUCCAGGUCUUGACUACAGUCAUGGCCACAAACACCAACGUAGACAUGACUACAUUCAAUCUCAUGACCACAAAAUUAAUGCCAGUCCCAACCACAUGCACAAUCACUUGCAUCACAACAACUCCAGACAACCUGACCUUUCUUCCAGGGUCAACAAUGACAUUUUGCAUCCCUACAACCACAAAUCGCAGAACAUGUAUGGCCCUCGUGCUCACCUCCCUUCCACUGUGCUGCCUCCUAACCCUGCCAGUGUCUUGGAUGUGCCCCAGGACCCCUGUCGCUUGGCUUCGGCGCCACAACCUCGCCAUCAGUCCUACCCAGGUGCUCCCCUCCACCAGGGUAUGACAGAACCUUGGCAUGGGUACUACCACCACCCAUCACAUAAUCCUAAUUACCUUGGCAACCAUCAAGCUAACCAUCACCAGGACCCUCACAGCCGUUUGCACUCUGAGCUGGAAAUGGAUGUGCACCAAAGCAGUCUGGAUUGUGAUGUUGAAUCCAUUCUCCUGAAUGACUUCAUGGACUCAGCAGAGGGAAUAGACUUUAACUUUGAUGGGUCACUGUCACAGGGUGUUGGCUUGGGGAUGGGUUUGGGGAUGGGAAUGGGGGCUUUUGUGGGUCCUCAACAAUCACACAACAGCCAGAGCUGGGUUCCUGGAUGAACUCUGCUGAGAUUUAGGACCUACAUAUAGGCAAUCCAUCAACCGUACAGCCUUCUGAAGGGUGGCAGGUCAAAUCGGGGACUCAAAUAAACAGUUUGACCAAGAUUCCCUUUUGCUGAUGUCAGAUUCUGGACUCAUAGUUUUUCCCUGCCCCCCCCGAAAUCCUCCCCUCCUUCCUCUCACUGUAUUUUCCCUGCUGUGGAAUAAUGUCAUAGAGCCUUAAACUGUUUCUGUGGUUCAUGUCCUUCAGUUUGUGCUCUAUUCAUCACCUCCAUCUCUUAUCUGGGCAAAAGCUCCAAAGCACUUUACAUCUGUUGCCAUCCACUCUGAUGCUGUAACGACCACCCUGCGACCUGGAAGGAAAUCACAUUGUCCACUGGCAUGGGUUUAAUGUAUGCAAACAACUUUGUUAUCCUUCCUGAAAAAAUAAAUUAAAAAUAAGCAUUGGUGUCAUUUUGCUAAACACGAGUACAGGAUUGAACAGUUGCUAUUGCUGUCUGGCUGUCUGUGCCGUCAUUUGUGUAUUUGUCAUUGUGUGCUUGUUGUGUGAGUGUGGAACUGCUUUUCUUUGGUAAAUGUACAUACCUCCUCCCAAGGAGGUCUAGUGGAUGUCCCUUUAUUGUGGGCCAGGACAGUCAUCCAUCAGAUACACUCUAUUGAUAUUCAACAUAUCCUUUUUAAUCUCCGAAGUAAUGCACAGGCUAUGCAUCACUGUUGCAAACAGAACGUGAUACUCGGAGUGAACAGGGCUGUUUUUCCCCCGGACACACAACGACUUAAUGUGUUUUGGCGAAAGUGAUGAUUAAAGUCACUCUGCAGUAAGUGAAUGUGUGUGUGAGUGUAUGUGUGAGUGUUGGGGGGGGGGGUGGAUAGAGAUAGUGGAGGAUGAGGAGAAAUGCAAAUAUUCACUCUCUGCCCCCUUUCUCUCCAUUCCAUGAAUUUAUAAAGCUUUCGCUAUGAUGAAAUAAGGAACGAUCCAACACUACUGCACAUCCUGUGCAGGGCUCUUUCCUGGUUCACCUCAGCUUAGCUACUCUGUGGCCACCUUCCUCCUUCAGCAGCCAAUGCAUUGGCUUCAUUAUCAUCCUCCAUUAUCAUCCUGCCUAUGCAGGUUGCCUUUAGGUUAUCAAUGCUGAUUGAUCAUAUUUGAAGCAUUGUCAGUCCUCAUUAACUGUGCGAUCAUUUAAGACAGAGCUGGACUUUGGAAAUGUAUCUUAACUUUGCAUCAGCUUGACAAAAUAAUCAUUGGAUAGUAGUGCAACCUCAAGGUUGUAAGAAAAGCAUCUCAUAUCUGGCUCCAUGUCACAGCAAUUUUACAGAAUGACUGUACUCCACCAUCUUCCAGGACUGUGUGCUGAUUAAUUCAGUCAGCAAGCAAAAAAAUGGUGCUAUCUUGUCUUUGCAGGCUUUGCAGGUCCUAUCAUAUUGCCUUUAUAUGAUUACACAGACUCGAGUAAUUAAGUGCAAGUGUGUAUUUUCUCAUUCUGAAUGUAACAUAACACCAAGAUUUCUGAGGGAAAGACAACUCUAAUUAUGAGGUGAUUUGGUGAGGUUUGAGGAAAUAUAUGGGCCACAUUUAUGCAUCUAAUUCCCAAUUGUCUUAUCCUAUUAUGGCCACUAGACAUACACGGAGAGGACAAAAUAAUGGAAACACUCACUUUGAAAGAAUUAAAUCACUGUUACAAAUGAAGGAUAAAACCAAAUCUUUUAGACUGAUUCUUAAUUAUAAAACAUUUUAGAUGUCAUAGAGGUCUGACUAGCACGGAAGGAACAUGAGGCAACUAAUAGAUUUUCAAUGACGGCGAAGAGUCAGUGCCUAAAUUGCUCAAGCAUCCAUUUUGUCAAGGGGUACAGGCUCAAAUAUAAUUACUAUUUGCCAAACAUGGAAUAUCUGCAUUGGCAAAGAGAAAGUCAAUGCUCUCAGACAAUCAGAAACUUACAAAGUACAGCCUUAAAAAUGACCACAUGAAUCAGCAUCUCUCUUCUUAAGCAUCAACAAAUGCCAUUUUAUGAAAUCAGAUUCCCCACAAUGUUCCAUAAUCCCAGGAGUAUAAUACCUCCAUGCACACUACUAAACUAAUUCAGUACUGAUUUCUUGACUACCAGGUUAAAGUUGUAAUUCAUGGCCAGUCAUCAAAUCUGACCACUGUCAAACCUUUAUGUAAAGCUCUGGAGUGCAGAGAGUCUUUAUUAAAUAUGUGAAGUCUUUCAACACUCCCAAGAGGAAAGAAAAUGUUGUGAUGGUAACAACUACUUAUUAGGUCCUUGAUAUCGCUAUAUCUUUUUGGUUAUUUUGUCUCCUCUUUGUAUCUUUAUUUGCUUUGGUCGACCAUUAUUGAUGUGAUGUAAAGUGCAUCUUUCCCCCUUUUUGAUGCUGUCAGGUGCUUGCUCAGAGGCUGAAAAACCGCCCACAGAUGUACGACUUGGAUGCAAUCUUUAUGUUCUGCUUAAAAUUUGAUGAGAAAUGGGUAGGGUGGUUACAAAAGAGAAAAACAUCUGACAGAAAAUGAGUUGAAAAGGACAGCACUAGAUUGAAUGAAAAAUGAGUUGUGUAUGUGUGUUUGUGUGCCUGAGAGAGUCAGUCAGAGUAGCUUCCUUCAGCAGAGCUGUUUGAAUCAGGCCAAAUGUCAAGUGGCUCUCCACAGCGUUUAUCACACAGCCUGAUCAGAUAGCCAUCCCUCUUUUGCACUCUCUCUCUCUCUUUCUUUCCUGCCAAGGACAAUGAGUCCUGUCUUCAUCCCAUUCUCUUUCAUUCCCAUCUUUAUGUUCUUUUUGAGGUGGCCAGGAAUCUGUUGUUAUCCAGCUGUGAUUUUGAUUGCUGGCCCACGCUUGCCUCUGUACUCUGCUUCAUGUGUGUUUGUUUGUGUGUGUGUGUGUGUGUGUGUGUGUGUGUGUGUGUGUGUGUGUGUGUGUGUGUGUGUGUGUGUGUGUGUGUGUGUGUGUGAGUAUGUGUGUGUCUAGCACAGUGAUGUACCUGAAAUGAGUAUGAAAAUUAACUGAAAAUGUGCCCUGGUAUUUACUAUGCCUGGCUAUCAAUAAUAUAAUAUACACAGUUUAUAUUUAUUGGGUAUAAAUAUGGGUUUGUGGGUGACGGUAUGGAGCUCCUGUAUCCCAUAAAUUUAUAUGAAAAGAUCAUGAUUCUAUUACAGUUCAUUUCUGUUCCAUGCUGUACAAAUAUAUGUAUUGAGAAAAUUGUAUAAUAUUUUUUGACAAGCAAAUAUCAGUUUUAUUUCUUCUUUUUUUAAUGAUGUAUCUGCUCAUCUUGUGGCUUGUAAAAUAAAACA